CCCGUGGACACGUGUUUAGGCUCCCGUUGGUAAGGGUUUAUUUUUAGGGGGGCUGGGGGGGUGAGGCUUGCGACCGAGGUUAUAGAAACAUAUGAGUCCAGUGGCCGCUUCCGGACGUCUCGACGUCUCGAUGAAGCAGAUUGUCUCGAUUCGAUUCGAUUUGGGCCCUCUGGCGGCCUGGGGCCCGCCGGACGUCUCGAUGUCUCGAUUGUCUCGACUCGAUUGGAUUUGGGGCCUCUGGCGGCCUGGGCUGCUGCACGACGUUCGCAAACGUCCCGACGGCGACGGCCGAGCGUCGGUCGUGGUACGUCCACGAGUCCGAGCCAUCCCUCGCGCGCACGAACGCCGUGUAGUGUGCGUUCUGGAACACCGCCACCGCGAACAGGUCCACCUCGAACUUGACCUUGCCGAUCGACGAGAACACGCGUUUUGCCGGGAGCUGCGCGUCGCGCCACACGAGCUCGAGCAGCGCCGCCACGUCGUCGCCCUCCUGGUCCGUCGAGUACCACGCGAGGCUCAGCACGAGCGCCUUCGCGGCACGCUCGAGGACCACGUUGACUUCGCACGCCCGCGGCGCGUGUAUCCUCGAGCGUCGCCACGGCCUCGCGGGGAUCAUCAAGUGUCGGCUUUGUAGAGCGCCCUCGCGUAAACAUCUUUCAUCAGGACCGAGCGUGUCCUCAUGGUCACCACCGAGAACGCGCUGCGCCGCAGGAAAUGUCUUUCGUAGCACACCCUUGGCUUCUUCGAAGGGCUCUAGCUCGAACAGAGGCGUUGCGUAGCUGCUACGAGGGUCAUUUCAUGUUCCUCGCCAUGGAGUCUGACAACUCUGGACUGAACGUCUCGUUUAGGAAUGCUUCAAACCAUCCUUCCAUUUUCGUGUGCUUGUUUAC